GUCUCGCCAGCCCUCAGCAUCGUCUUCAACGAUUCACACCGACCGCAGAACACACAUAACGAACUCGGAUCACUCCAGAGCAUCCAACAGUACACGUUCCUACUACUUAUACCGCUGACGUCGACGAGUGCACAAGAUGACAACGAACGGCAACAUCAUCUCACCCACACCAAGCCCGGGCUUCCGUGCGCCCUCCCCUUUCUUCCGACGCAAUCGGAUCCUGGGUCGAGCGCCGUCACCUCCUACAUGGGCCUGCUACGAGCAGAUUCACUCGGACGACUACUACGACGGCGAGUUCUCUUGCUCUGACUCGGAUUCUGGGGGAGAAGAUAACGAUGAUGAUGAUCAUCGAUCCUGCUCCGAGGAUGGAGAGGACUACGAUGUUGCUGCUGUCGAUGGCUUGGGCGACCAGCAGGGUCAGGGCAACGACAGCGCUGUCGUCGAUAGCAUGGACGUUGAUGAGGUUGGAGAUGCGGAGAAGAAAGCGCAGGAGCGUGCGCUCGCACAGGCGAAGAGCAAAGGGAAGCAGAAGGCCGUCGAUGAUGAGCAGGAACACGGACGCGAAGAGAUACUGGUGACUCGCAAGGUCGCCCGCCCUGCUCGCAGAAAGGGGAGAGACAGUUACAGGAGGCAGCCUGAAGCCAACCUACGUCCAAUUUUGACCAUUCAGAAGAGCCAGGGCUUUGUGUGGAAUCAGGAUCUCUUUGUACCUCCAUACAUCAAAGAUCGAUACGUUGCAUCAACUUCUCCUGCCAAUAGCACCGGCUUUGUUUCCACGUCCGCGUCCUCGACAAACUCGGCAUGGGACAACUACGAGGUCGAAGUCGUCGAGAUUCGUGUGCGCGAGGGAGAACUCAACGACAUCAUCCCCUGAAACAUCGCAGCUGGCCUGCUCAUCUCUAUUCUACGGUUACAUCGGGUGUCCACGUCCAGGUUGCCACGCCACAGUUGGUACGGUGUAUCCACACAUCUACACUGGGACUCACGUCCAUACUCUAUCCCUCCCUAUUCGUAUUUGACAUGUUUCAAACCUGCUCACCACACCCUCGUUGAGCCUCCUUCGGUUUAAUAUGCAGAGUUUCAUACUUACGUUCCCCUCUCCAUUCCCAUAACCUCGCCUCAGAAUUCUACUAUCUUUCUUCUCCCCUCUCAUUCAAAUCUACGGACUUCGUUUUUGCAUUUCUCCGGGUCACCGUUGCUCUCCAUAUCCCAUUCGUGCUUCGCUUUCUUGAACCUUUUUCACUGCAGUUUGCCCUAUCAGGCCCGGAUAUGUUCAUUGUAUAAUUCCUUGUAUUAUGGUUUCCGUUAUAUAAAGUGUUGUGUCCUACAUACGUGUUCCAAUGCCCCCACACA